AUGGGAGAAGUGGAGGUCGAGCUGUAUUGGAACCACGCGCCCAGAACUUGCAUGAACUUCUUCGAGUUGGCCAAGAGGAGCUACUAUGACAACACGCUCUUCCAUCGGAUUGUGACGAAUUUUGUGAUUCAGGGAGGAGAUCCGACUGGAACCGGACGUGGGGGCGAGUCGAUCUAUGGACCGACCUUCGAAGACGAGAUCCAUCCAGGCCUCAAGCACACCGGAGCCGGCAUCCUUUCGAUGGCGAACUCAGGGCAGGACAGCAAUGGUUCCCAGUUCUUCAUCACCUUGUCGCCUCAGCCGUCGCUGGAUGGCAAGCAUGCCAUUUUCGGUCGAGUGAAGCGUGGCAUGAAGGUGGUGCAGAAGAUCGGGUCGGUGGCGACGAAUGCACAAGACAAGCCGCUCCAAGAUCUCAAGGUGCUGAGAGCCUCGACUGCCCUCGUCGCAGACGCACACCUGGGCCUCUGA